UAUUUUUUUUAUUUUAAAAAAAGAAUAAAAAGUGCGUUAUCUACCCCUUCCAAUUAGGUCAAACCCACCCCAAUUUCGGCUAUAUAUACCCCAUCAUAGAGCAAUCGUUGCCUUUUUUCCUCCAAGCUUUGGUUGCAUCGCCCCUCUGUAGUCUUUCUUCAAAUCUAGUGUUUAUUGUCAUCAACAGAUUACACAUCCAUUCGAUUUCUCCAUUCUAUGACCUGGGUUUUUCCUUGAUUCGAUGAUUUCAUAUUCUUAAUGAGUUUUCUUAUGCGCCGGAUUCGGAUGCUGCACUCCUUCUCGGUUGUGUUUCUCUACUGGUUCUACGUGUUUUCAUGAAUUAAAUCACUUUCACAUUUAGUAUUUCUUGUUAUUUUUGGAAUCCCAAUUCUAUUUUGCCCUAUUCUGAAAACCCUAACACCCAAUUUCCCCUUUGGCCUGGAAAGAGAAAACUUCAAACGCCCAAUUUUCCUUUGAUCCAAGAAGAGGAAAUUUCGAAUAACCUUUUGGAAUUUCAAGCUUAAGAGAAACCAACCGUUUAUUAAUUGCCAAAGAUAGAUAGAUGGAUUCAGUGAAACAGACGGCAAGUUCAGGAUCCGAUGGGAAUAAGCGGUACGCGGGGGUGGACGACAGGAAAAGGAAGAGGAUGAAAUCCAACAGGGAAUCAGCUAGGAGGUCCCGUAUGAGGAAGCAGCAGCAUGUGGAAGGUCUGAUUAGUCAAGUGACCCAGCUGCAAAACGAGAACAGGCUCAUUGAGGAGAAGAUCAAUAGCGUUGCCAAUGUCUACGUUGGGAUUGCAUCUCAGAACAAUGUCAUGAGAGCUCAGCUUGCCGAAUUGACUGAUCGGCUUCGUGCACUGAAUACGGUUCUCCAGAUUGCGGAGGAAGUUGUUGGGUACACAGUGGACAUCCCUGAAAUUCCAGAUGCUUUGCUGGAACCAUGGCAGCUCCCCUGUCCAAUGCAGACAGUUGCUGCUCCUUCAAGCAUGUUUCGGUGCUGAAUUCUUCCAUCAGCACCAGAAGAAGUGCGUCUUGAGAUGCUAUGUUGAUUUCGAUUUCGUGGUUUAAGUUGGUUACCACGGUCUUUUUCGUAGUAUAUGUUUAUAAGCUUAUAUGCUUUUAUCUGUUUAAGUUUGCUAUGUGUGUUUUGGUGCCUUGAAUGGUAGGGCCUCAGAUCGUACUGUCAAUGUGUUUUUAGCUUGCUUUAAUGUCAGAACAAUUGGUGUUUUCUAUAUAUUGUCGGAUGGUUGAUUUGUGUUCGUGUUUGUGUUUGCCACUGCCUUGCUGAUACUCUUGUGUUUCGAAUGCAUUCAAAUCUUUUCUCCGUAUAUAGAACAUGUGUUUGUAUGUGUGUGAAUGUAACUUGGUUUGAUUCAUUAGUCGGGGAUGGUUCUUGGAAUUUGUGGUAGUGCUCCUACAUCAAGCCAAACACGUGGCAAUUGCUUGUGGGGAGUAACCUCUCUUUCAUUGUUCUGGGUUCAGAAUACGAGUAAUUGAUACGGUUGUGGAUCAGUUAUCCUCCUGUCCCUGCUCAACGGUGAUUACGAGUAAUCAAUAUUUUUUGUAGGGUGUUGAAGAUGUUAACUCAAUGCCAAUUAAUACUAUUACUCAUUCCUAUUUCAAUGGUUACUUUGUAGUAAGUUGGUUGGCCUGGCCAGCUUUAUUUCAAUUCAUUUGGUCCAAGUGUGCUUGCGAGGAUCGCUACAAUUUUACAAUGGAUUGUUGAUGUCUCCAGUAUGUAUGUAACUAAAUGCAAGAUUGAAUCUGGAAGACACCACUUUAGUUUAAAGGCUGUGUCUUUUACAUAUUCGUCACCUAAAUUGUAUACUAUUAUGCGUGUCUACCAAUACUGGCGUUGCCCUUUGAGAGGGUACAAACUACAGGCAUUCCAGUGUUUGGAAGGAGAGAUAGGAUCCAGGACUACUUCUCUGCCCUUUGAGAGGGUACAAACUAUAGGCAUUCCAGUGUUUGGAAGGAGAGAGAGGAUCCAGGACUACUUCUCUGCGUGGACUGGUGGUACGAAUAUACCCCUUAACGAGUUACAGUAGUAGUUCAGAAGUUCAGCACAUGAAUCAAUUUAACGAGACUUUCACUACAUCUUAUCCGAUAUACUAUAUAUAUCAAGAACAUGUGGAAGCAAGAUUUGUAAGAUCUUACAAGUAGGAUCAAGAAUCGUGUUCCGAAAUUACUCAAACAUUCGGAAUUAAGCUCAUCCUUGACCACAAGAUUACAUUUCACUGCACGUGAUGUGGGUGAGAAAAUUAUACUCAAAUCUAUACUAGUAAAGAAACUAAACUUGGAAGGAGGUAAUUCAGUUUGGGAAAUCUUUUACUAGUAUCAUCCAAAUAAGCAGCUCUGGCUCCUGUCAAAGAAAACAAAUAACACAAAAAAUAGAUGCAUUACCAAACGUAUUUAUCAUUCAAGGAGUAUUCAACAGGACAAGUCCGAUGAUAUCAUUAUACAACCAACAAAAGUCUAAACAGUUCAUUUGUCAUCAUAAAAGAAAGCAGGACAAGAAAUCAUGAAUCAAUUAUCAUAAGUGCGGCACUCAUCGGUCUCCGGGUUAUCCUUGCAGAAGGUCUCAAGUGGGUCGGAGUCCUUCUUCUUGUCCCUGGCAUGGCUAGCCGCUGCGCUCAGCUCCUCCACCUCAUCCCACGCUGCUGCGCACUCUCCGCUCACCGGAUCCUCGGAGCAUUUCUCCUCCGCGCUCUUGAUGCUCUCUUCCACCUUCUCCGAUAUCUUCUCCGGUGCUGCAGCCACGGGCCGGACGUACAUGCGGCCCGCCCCGAAUUGGUUGGAUCUCUUCCAUGGGUUGUUCAGCCAGGGGGAUGCUAUGGUGUGGACCUUAGAUGGGUCUGAGGCCUUGGCCAUGAUUCUUGGCGUUGAGAGGCUCACACCAGAAAUUGUUGCCAUUCUUGAGAUUUUUGGGGAAGUGAUAAUAACCGUGCAGUGCAGUGCAGUAGUUC